AGAGGAGUACCGCGCAUGCGCAGUACAAGAGUGUAUCUUUGACAGCCACUCUGGCAUGACCAGACUGUAAACAACACACGCACUGAAGCCGGAACUGCGAAUAUUAAUGAAUUAAAUGGCCCGGAUGGAAUUUUGAAGCGGAUUAGUUUUGUUAUGGAAGCGUUAUGCCCAGUAAAUGUGAAUGAAUUCAGCUCCUGGAAGCAGAGUGAAGUGGAAGAAGAGAACCGCAGCCCGGAUUGGGCCUGCACCCGGGGACACCUGUGACCAGGAGGCGCUUCAUCAUCAUCAUCAUCAUCAUCCUCCUCCUCAAACUCCUCUUCAUUCUCAUCCUCCUCCGCGUUUCUACCACCUUCUAGUCCUUUUCUCUCCGUUCCUGGUCCUCUAUUCAGUGCUCGGGGUGGUGAUUUGGCGUCUGUGUGCACUUCUAGCCUGGUUUUUCAAGCCCAUCUCUCGCACCAUGGCUACCAGAGCGAGGGAAGCGGAUGGCAGAGACAGCGAUGCCACCGGAGAUCUGAUCAAAAAGCACCACAAACAGGCGUUUGAGUUCAUCUCAGUGGCGCUGCGCAUCGACGAGGAUGAGAAAGGACACAAGGAUCAGGCGGUGCAGUGGUACCGUAAGGGCAUCGCUGAGCUGGAGAAAGGCAUCUGCAUUGAGGUCACAGGCACUGGGGAGAAAGCAGAACGAGCCAGGCGGCUACAAGCUAAAAUGAACAACAACCUAAUUAUGGCCAAAGAACGUUUGCAACUACUGGCCGAGCUGAGCUCAGAUUCCUCGCACGCUGUAAACACUGACAGCAUUAACUCUCCUCUCUCCAACGGCAGCCUCCGCCCAGCCAGCAGUGUUGAACCUAAGAAGACAGACACCUCUUCAUCUCUGGUGAAGGUGAAGCCUGCUAGACCUCCCUCCAGCGCCCCCCAGCGCACAAGUGGGUUCACUGCACCAGCUGCAGGCCGAACUGGACCCCAGUCCAACCACAAGGCUCCAGCAGGUCGGGGAGCUGCCAGAGGGAGCACUAAAGCCAGCGCUGCUCCUUCCACUCCACAGAGGAAGAGAGACAUGAAGAACUUUAAGAACGUGGACAGCAAACUGGCCAACCUCAUCCUCAAUGAGAUAGUGGACAGUGGCUCGGCGGUGAGGUUCGAGGAUGUAGCAGGUCAGGAGUUGGCCAAACAGGCACUGCAGGAGAUCGUGAUCCUGCCAGCACUGCGGCCUGAGUUGUUUACAGGGCUGAGAGCUCCAGCGAGAGGACUGCUGCUGUUUGGGCCUCCUGGUAACGGGAAGACCAUGCUGGCAAAAGCUGUUGCCAUGGAAUCCAACGCUACCUUCUUCAACAUCAGUGCUGCCAGUCUGACCUCCAAAUACGUUGGCGAAGGUGAGAAAUUGGUACGCGCUCUGUUUGCCGUUGCCCGAGAACUGCAGCCGUCAAUCAUCUUCAUUGAUGAAAUAGACAGUCUCCUGUGUGAAAGGAGAGAAGGAGAGCAUGAUGCCAGCAGGAGACUGAAGACUGAGUUCCUCAUUGAGUUUGAUGGGGUACAGUCAGGAGGAGACGACCGGGUGCUGGUGAUGGGAGCCACAAAUCGUCCUCAGGAGUUGGACGAGGCCGUGCUCAGGCGCUUUGCGAAGAGGAUUUACGUGACCUUACCCUCAGAAGAGACUCGGCUGAAGCUGCUGAAGAAUCUCCUGAGUAAACAUGGCAACCCACUGACGCAGAAAGAACUGAAUCAGCUAGCCAAGAUGACUGAUGGUUACUCAGGCAGUGAUCUGACCUCCUUGGCUAAAGACGCUGCACUGGGACCCAUACGAGAGCUUCUUCCAGAGCAAGUGAGGAACAUGGCAGCAAAUGAGAUGAGGAACAUCCGUUUCUCGGAUUUCGCCGAGUCUCUGAAGAAGAUCAAGAAGAGUGUCAGUCCUCAGACUCUGGAGCAGUAUGCACGCUGGAACCGGGAGUAUGGAGACACCACUGCUGUAUGACACACACACAAACACUCCUUCUUGUUUUACCUCUGGACUGUGACGUGAGACAUUAUUGGUCUUUUCCAAAUAGAUGAAGCAAACUGUUCUUACUGUUUUUACGCUGUUUACCCUUUUGGAGAGCAGACACUUUUGAAUGAGAGUUUGUUCUUACUGUGAUUGAACACGCUUGUGAUUUGGGAGACGUCACACAUGAGGACACUUUUGAUUCACACAAAUCCCUGGGGAAGAAAAAAAGGAUGAUUGCUUUGUUUACGUGUUAAAUUACCAGAAGAAAUGAGGCUUCCACGUUAUAAAUCGCACAUCUUCAGGUUUUGUUUUUCUCUUACUGCAUGCUCAAAACAAGAACCGGCCCAAACGGGAACCAGCAGAAGUUGAGGUAUCUGUUACUUUUCCACCAACUGGAAAGACGACUGGAGCGGUCAUAGUGACAGUGACAUCAUCAGUUGUGUGCAUCAACACAUGCUGUUAAGUUGAACAUGGAAAAGGUACUUGGAUUAACACUUUGGUUUUCUGGCAGUUUGGCCGUUGUAAACAACAUAUACGAAAUGACAGAAUGGUUCAUUGAUGACAGGUUUUUAAAUUGCAUUAAUGUUAAGACAAAACAUUGCAGAAUUAGUCAUUUUAAUACUGCUGUGUUUAUUCUGACAUAAAACUACCAUACUACAAACUACAUUAUUCUGAAAUAAAACUACACAAAACUACACAUUUUAACAAACCCAGCGCCAACAUCUGUAACUGUUAUGUAUUUAAUUUUUUUUUCUUCAAUAUUCAGUGUGUAUCAACACACAGUGUUAUUAGCCCCGCCCCCAAGGAUGCGUCUGGUGGUUCUUCGCACCUGUGCCUUAGUUUUUCUGCAGCUUCCUGAUACGAAUAUCAGGCUGUUAGAAUGAGGUACAGUCUGAGAUGUGUGCUGUAGCAGAGACAGGCAGUGAUCUCAGCUUUUGUGUGCUUUGUACAGAGUGUAUAAUGACUGUAUUUCAGAAUAAUGUAAAUAAACUCAGUAAUAUGGCCAAGAAAUCUCACUGACGUGUAUGGAAGUGCCAAAAGCCCUGUAUUUAAAGCAAUAACUUGUGAACUCAUGAUGUUAGACGAGACUUACCCUGUGUACUGUGUGUAGUACUUCUGGUAAGAGCCAGAGAACUUACCUAUGUUGUAAAUUUGUAGUUGUUGAAGGAAUUUUGUGAUCGUUUUCACUCGUUUGUAUGUUUCUGCAGUGUCAGGUAUUGACCAGUAGGGGGCAGCAGAUGCACAGCAAAUCUACGGGUCACUGCAAAAUAAAGCAUGAAAUGGAGAGCAAAUUAUAUUACAAUAUUACAGAAGCUUAAA